AUGAAAGCUAUUUCCCACCUCUCGGAAAGUGAAGAUUAUCUACCAGGGAAGAGAGUCUUCUUCAGUCUGAUCAUCUUCUCUUUCAUGCUGGCUACAUGCCAAGGAGCCUGCGGUAGAGGUCCCCUUGUACCUGAGUUCAAUUUUUCACUCUUCAAUUCUUUUUUUUUCGGUAAAGCCAUGGCACCAAAGAAAUGUGUGGAUCCUAAUGAUGGGAGAAAGCAUCUCAUUGUAUCAACUUGGAAUACAGCUGAUUGUUUAAGAUGUGAAUGCGACAGUGAUGGAUUGAGCUGCUGCCACAGGUAUGGUGGUCUUGCUGGAAGAGCAGGAUGCAAAACAGUGUUGAAUCGAGUAACAUGUGAAUAUGAAUUCUAUAGGCUCGAUGACCCAUCAAAGCGCUGUGGUGCCUGA